GUAUGCGCUUGCACAGCGCUUGUUUCCGAACGAGCGGCGAAGUCCGCCGUUAGUGUGACAGCUACUUGAAUAAACAGUCUGCGCUAAGCUAGCUAUCGUUUUACUACUCCCAAUACAUAACAGUGGCGACGAGUGCGUGAAAUACCCACUUUUAAAAAAAUAAAACCCAAAAUGUCUGUUAUGCAUUUUGGUGUUUUAUCGUGCUUUAAUCACACUGAACAAACGUGGAAAACGUAUAAAAAUCGCAUAACGCAGUGGUUUAUCGCGAACGAUGUGAACCAUUUAACCGAUGCGACGGGAGUUAAACGACGAGCUAUACUGCUUAGUGCGCUCACUGAGGGUACGUACAAGUUGGCAGCAGACCUAGCGCUGCCCAAGGAGCUCCAGGAAGUACCCUACGAAGAUAUUCUAGGUCUCCUAGAUGCUCACUUCACUCCGAAGCACGUAGGGUUCGGCGAACGGCACAACUUUUAUGCGGCAGUUCAACAACCUACGGAGUCGUUUACACAAUGGGCGGCUCGUCUACGUGGGCUCACAGCUAAUUGUAGCUUCAGCAGCCUAGAAGAAGUUCUCCGCGACCGGUUCAUCAUGGGCAUGCUGCCGGGGCUCGAGAAAGAGAAGAUCUUUGCCGAGGAUCUGAGUGGCUUGACCUUGGCAAGAGCGGUGGAGCAAGCCGAGAACAUCAGAUGUGCGCGGGCGGGAGCCGCCUGCGCAGCCGCCGCGACCGGUGUUGUCACCGCGCCUACAGAAGUGCUGUGUAAAAUCGGACAUUCAAAUAAAUGUGUACUAAAAGUGAGCGAGGGAAGGUCGGAUAAAGUGCAGUGUUCCGAGUGUGGCUAUUUUAACCACAGGACGCCAGAGUGUCGUUUCUUUAAGCAUACGUGCAAAAAAUGUAAACAAACGGGUCACCGCCGACGCGUGUGUAAGAAGUUGAACUCAGUGACGUCAGCGGUGACGAGCGAGAUGGGCGAGAACGACGAUGGCGGUGAGUUGUAUCAUAUCCGAUCUUUUAUGGGGGAACCUAUGGUGGAGUGUGUUAUUUUAAAUGGGGUCACAUUACAAUUUGAAAUUGACAGCGGGUCCGCGGUAACGGUUAUUUCCGAGGUUACGUUUAAACGACACUUUCGUGUGUCAUUGUCGCCGUCGAAUAAAAAGUUAAUGGGGUACACGGGCCAAAGAAUACAUUGUUUAGGUGUUAUGCGUGCGUCUCAACUGACGUUCAGUGGGGUCACCCGCGCUAUAGACGUAUACGUGGUACGUGGCGGGGGCCCGGCACUUCUCGGCAGGGAUUUUAUCUCGAAGUUCAACUUAGAACUAGCGCCGGUAAAAUAUUGUGGGUCGUCGGUCUCGUUAGAAGAGUUUCAAGCUCGUUUUUCCAAAACAUUUUCUGAUAAUUUAGGUUGUUUUAAUAAAUAUAAAAUAAAAUUAUUUCUAAAAGAAAAUUCGAAGCCGACGUUCUUUAAAGCGCGACCCAUUGCAUUCGCACUUAGGGAAAAGGUUACAGACGAGUUAAAUAGGUUAGUCGACCUCGGUGUCCUGAAACCUGUUGACCACUCAGAGUAUGCGUCACCCAUCGUGCCGGUGCUAAAAAGGAACGGCUCCGUAAGAAUAUGUGCCGACUACUCGGUUAGUAUAAACAAACAGCUGAUCGUCGAGCAGUUUCCCCUGCCGACUGUCAAUGAGCUGUUCUCGAAGCUUCACGGUGGCGAACAGUUUACGAAGCUGGACUUGUCGAGCGCAUACAAUCAGCUGUGUCUCGACGAAGAGUCGCAGAAGCUGACAUGCAUUAACACGCACCGGGGGUUGUACCAGUACACGCGGCUCGUAUUUGGUCUGUCCUCGGCCCCGGCGAUAUUCCAGCGCGCCAUGGAGACCGUGUUAUCGGGCUUAGACGGGGUGUUGUGUCUCCUCGAUGAUAUAUUGAUUACAGGCCGUAAUAGGGAGGAGCACUUGACUCGACUUAGUGCCGUAUUGCAGAGGCUCGAGGAAGCGGGGCUAACACUACAAAAAGACAAGUGCGAAUUUUUUAAAGACGAAAUUAAUUAUUUAGGUUAUGUGAUAAACAAAAAUGGUCUUAAAAAAUCGCCUGAAAAAGUAAAAGCUAUAAUAAACGCACCUAGGCCGAGUAAUGUGAGUCAGUUGCAAUCGUUUUUAGGGCUAGCAAACUAUUACAGGAAUUUUGUACCCGGUGCAUCAAUGAUGUUAAGUCCAUUGUAUGAAUUACUAAAAAAGAAUAGUAAAUGGAAAUGGACAAAGAUCCACUCGGACGCUUUCUCUUCUAUUAAAAGGUGUCUAGCGUCGGAUUCGGUUUUGGCUCAUUUUGAUCAAAGGGCCAAACUUAUUCUAACGGUCGACGCGUCCCCCACCGGUCUCGGGGCGAUAUUGUCGCAAGUGGGUUCGGACGGCGCGGAGCGGCCGGUCUCAUACGCGUCGCGCACACUCACGCCCGCCGAGAACAGGUACUCGCAAAUACAAAAAGAAGCGACUGCGAUCAUAUUCGGGGUGCGUCGGUUUCACCAAUACUUGUACGGUCGAUCGGACCCUUUUGUCUUACGAACCGACCACAAGCCAUUGAUCACCAUCUUCGGUCCGCAUAAGGGGAUUCCGGAAGUGUCAGCAAAUAGGCUGCAACGGUACGCGAUGUUCUUAAGUGCGUAUAAUUACGUUAUAGAAUAUGUUCGCAGCGCCGAUAACAGCGCGGAUUAUCUGUCCCGCGCGAGCUUGGCGGGGACGGGGGAGCGCGGCGCGGGGACCAAGGAGGCGGGGCGCGCGUCGUGCGCAGACGCCGCCGCGGCGCUGUGCGACAGGGCCGCGUAUGUUUGUUUCGUGGUGGACGGAACGUUGCCUACGACCGUUAGCGAAUUACGUCACGAAACAUCCAAGGAUAGUGUAUUGUCCCGCGUCGUAAAUCUUGUACUAAACGGCUGGCCAAAUAAAAUAGCCGAUUUAAAGUUGAAGCCGUACUUUUUGUGCCGAAAUCAGCUCUCGGUAGAAAACGGUUGCUUAAUGAGGGGCCAUAAAGUUAUAAUACCAAGUUCAUUGCGUAAAAAGGUUAUGGACGAAUUGCAUACUUCCCAUUUAGGAAUAGUUAAAACGAAAGCGGAAGCGAGGUCGAGAUUUUGGUUUCCAGGCGUCGACGACGCAAUUGAACAUUUAAUUGGGUCGUGCGAGGUGUGCUCCCAGCUGAGGCCGUCACCGCCGCGGACGAAGCUGGCGCCGUGGAAGUUUCCUCCUCAGCCGUUUUACCGGGUGCACAUCGACUUCUUAGGGCCGUUAAAUGGUCGGUCGUAUUUGGUCGUCGUAGACUCGCACACCAAAUGGGUUGAAGUGUACGACAUGAACACGAACACAACUUCAAAUGCAGUAGUCGAGCGGUUAUACGAGUACAUUGCGCGUUAUGGGUUGCCGAACACGAUAGUGAGCGAUAAUGGACCUUCCUUUGCCUCGCAAGAAUUUUCGAGGUUUUGCGUAGGAAACGGCAUUAGCCAUUUGACAACUCCGGCGUACCACCCGGCUAGCAAUGGACAGGCGGAAAGUUUCGUAAAGGUUGUGAAAAAAGGCAUUAAAAGUAGCGUCAUGUCUAGUCGUACAGCGAAGGAAUGUAAGUUACGUCUCCUCCAGUUCCUCUUUGACUAUCGCAAUUCGAUUCACUCCACCACAGGUUUCUCCCCAGCUGAGCUGGUGUACGGGCGUAAACUCAGGUCGCGAUUGGAUUUAAUUAAUCCCAGAGCACCGCCAUCCUCGUUCGGCGCCCUUGCCGAUGUGGUAAAGGAUAGGCAGCAGUCGCAAAUUGUAGCCCAUGGUGGGAAAAAUACAUCUUCCUUCUCUCCAGGUGAACGUGUUCUAUAUAAGAAGUUUAGUAGUAAUAAUAAGUUCACAUGGCACAAAGGUACUGUAUUACGGCGACUGGGCAAAGUAUUGUAUGUUAUACAAGAUAAUGCAACUUUGAGUACUUUUAAAAAACACAAAAAUCAACUGUGGUUAUGCAAAGCCGACUAUACCAAAACAAAUUUAAACAUGUCGGAUGUUGAUGAUGUUGAUGAUGAGAUAAUUGAUGGUAUUCCAACAUCGCCAACAUCCUCCGAACAACCAGGGGCCGUACAAGAUAGCAGUGAUAGGGGCCUAUCUGCGGGGGAAGGUGAGGAGGCAUGCUCGCCUCCAGUCACACCGCCUAUCAACCAUCCCAAUGUAACGGUAGCUCGGGGGGUCAGGCGCCCUAGGCAGUCUGAUUGA